AUUAGAAACUCCAAUGUGGACCAAACAAGAAAGAAUGCACAUAGCCAGCCAAUUACAAUAAACUCCUAACCAAACCAACCACAUUAUCCUUAAAGCCUCUUCCACAGCCACAAACCAAACCACAGCAAGAACAACAACAACAAACAGCUUCCCAAGUUCCCCAACUCCAUUAAAGUCACAAAUCACAAACUACAAAGACAGAACAGAGAUACAGAACUUAACUUCUUCUACCGAUAAUAAUGCUCCUACGCGGCAACAUCUCCGCUCCUCUCUCGCCCUCUCUACAACUCAACCUUAAAACACGAACUCCCCAUCGAAACAUCACCGUUUCAUCCCGGUCAAGCCUAGACUAUCCACUAUCUAUAUCCGACGAGGCACUAGAGUCUCGGGGUUUCAUUCUACGUCGAACCGCGGAGGGGCUAAACCUGGAAGCGUUGAACAAAGUAUUCGUAGCGGUGGGGUUUCCCAGACGCGACCCGGAGAAGAUACGAGUGGCGCUUGAGCACACGGAUUCGAUGGUGUGGGUGGAGCAGAGAAAGUCGCAGAAAGCAGUUGCGUUUGCGAGAGCUACAGGGGAUGGUGUUUUCAAUGCGAUUAUUUGGGAUGUUGUUGUUGAUCCUUCGUUUCAAGGGAUUGGGCUUGGGAAAGCUGUUGUGGAGAGGCUUAUUGAGGAUCUAGUGGGGAGAGGGAUUUCGAAUAUUGCUUUGUAUUCUGAGCCUCGUGUUCUUGGGUUUUAUCGGCCUUUGGGGUUUGUUUCUGAUCCCGAUGGGAUUAGAGGAAUGGUUUACUCUAGAAAACAAAAGAGAAAAUAGUUGGACUUUUCAUUGUAUUUUGAUGAUGGAUUUUUAAUUUAUUGAUUAAAUAUCAAAUUUUAGCUA